CCUGGGUCAGUUAGAGCUAAAACGGUGUAUAAAAGCAACAUGAAGACAACUUCUACUUAUGUCUCUGAAACCAGCUAAAAUAAAGGACAUUGGGCUCAGCUGAAGAGCUGCUUCAAUAAUGGCAAAGGUCUUGAUUGUUUACGCCCACCAGAGCUCUGGCUCAUUCAACGCUGCAGCUAAAGAUCUUGCUGUGGAGGUUCUGACUGCUCAGGGCUGCUCUGUAGAAGUCUCUGACCUGUAUGCCAUGGACUUUAAAGCUGCAGCUACAGUUGAUGACAUCAAAGGAGAAAUUCAGGACCCUGACCACUUCAGUUACAAAAGGGAGACCAAAAUUGCCUUUGAGGAACGAAGGCUGUCAGAGGACAUCACCAAGGAGCAUGCUAAAAUCAUUGAGGCAGAUCUGAUCAUCUUUCAGGUAUAUAGUAUAAAACAGAUGUACUUGUCAUGUAAACCCUUUAGAUCAACUUUACUUUUAUUUCAGUUCCCCAUGUACUGGUUUGGUCUUCCUGCAAUCAUGAAGGGCUGGAUCGACAGGGUGCUCACAAAUGGCUUUGCCUUCUCGACGGAGCAGCUCUACAGCCAGGGAGUCUUCAAGGACAAGAAGACCAUGUUGUCCUUCACCACUGGGUCUCUUGAAUCCAUGUUCAGCCCAACUGGCAUCAAUGGAGACAUGAAUGUCACCCUGUGGCCAAUCCAGAACGGCAUUCUGAACUACUGCGGCUUCCAGGUUCUGGCCCCUCAGAUCUUCUGGGCUCCCGCUCUAGCAGCUGCUGAAGAUCGUAAAGGCAUGCUGGAGGGCUGGCGUACACGACUGCAGGGCCUCCUGGAGGAGAAGCCUCUGUCCUUCAUCCCUCUGGACUCCUUUGACCAGAAGACCUUCCAGCUGAAGCCUGAUGUCCAUGAGCAACAUGCCAGCAAGGAGUUUGGUCUGACUGUGGGCAUCCACCUGAACAAGCCUCUGCCCCCCCACAGCCAGAUGAAAGCUGGAUGCUGAUUAUCAUACAACCUCAAUAAAAGCUGGUUUACUCUGAACUAUA